AUGACAGUGCCGGUGCCCAACAGCACAGCGGUGUCGUGGGCACUGCCAGAGCCAGAGCUGGAGCUGGAGCGCUCACCCUGCCUGGUUGGCAUCGUCCCCAUCGUGUACUACAGCGUCCUGCUGGGGCUGGGGCUGCCAGUGAACAUCCUGACCGCCGUGGCCCUGUCCCGCCUGGCCACCAGGACCAAGAAGUCGUCCUACUGGUACCUGCUGGCCCUGACCACCUCCGACAUCCUCACCCAGGUCUUCAUCAUCUUCGUGGGCUUCAUCCUGCAGACGGCCAUCCUGGCGCGGGCAGUGCCCAGCGCCUUCAUCCACACCGUCACCGUGCUGGAGUUCACGGCCAACCACGCGUCCACCUGGGUCACCGUGCUGCUGACCGUGGACCGCUACGUGGCCCUGUGCCACCCUCUGCGCUACCGCGCCGUGUCCUACCCGCGCCGCACCCGCCGCAUCAUCGCCGCCGUCUUCGCCGCCGCGCUGGCCACCGGCGUCCCCUUCUACUGGUGGCUGGACAUGUGGCGCGACGCUGACGCCCCCACGGCGCUGGACACGGCGCUCAAGUGGCUGCACUGCGUCACCAUCUAUUUCCUGCCCUGCAGCAUCUUCCUGGCCGCCAACUCCGCCAUCAUCCGCAAGCUGCGGCGGCGGAGGCGCGCGGGGGGCGGCAAGACCACGGCGCUGCUGCUGGCUGUCACCGCUGUCUUCAUCGUGCUCUGGGCUCCCCGCGCCGUCGUCACCAUGUGCCACCUCUACGUGGCCUCGGUCAGGAGGGACUGGCGCGUGCACCUGGCCUUGGACAUCGCCAACAUGGUGGCCAUGCUCAACACCUCCCUCAACUUCUUCCUCUACUGCUUCGUCAGCCAGACCUUCCGCCGCGCGGUGGGCGAGGUGCUGCGGGGGCAGCCCCGGGCAGCCCCCAGCCAGGGCAGCGCUCACUGCCCACCCCUGGCCCUGGAACCACUGAAACUGCUGGGCAGCACCACGCUCUGA